UCACUCAUUCAUUUUCCCUCUAAAAUGUUUUUCAACUAAAAAGGGUAGGAAACCAAUAAUUAUAUUUUACAAUUUUUACUUUGUUUUGGUUUUUGCAAAACUAUUGGUUGAUAUGAGUUAUUCCAUUUCCAUAUUCUAUGUUGUUUUGUUUUUGUCCAUUUUCUGUGUGGAAAUUUCAUUGGCUUCUAACAUAGAAGAUCAAAAAAGAGACAAGAUUGGUUGGUUACCAGGACAACCAAAGAAUGUUGGGUUUGAACAGUAUUCAGGUUAUGUGACUGUGAAUGAGAAGAGAGGAAGAGCAUUGUUUUAUUGGUUGAUUGAAGCACCACUGAGUCGUGAACCCGAUUCAAGGCCACUGGUUUUAUGGCUUAAUGGCGGUCCUGGUUGUUCUUCUAUUGCUUAUGGCGCUUCCGAAGAAAUUGGCCCUUUUCGUAUUAGGCCUCAUGGCAAGUCACUUUACUUGAAUCCUUAUGCUUGGAACAAUUUGGCAAACUUACUAUUCCUUGAUUCUCCUGUUGGUGUUGGUUUUUCUUAUUGUAAUAAAUCAGCAGAUAUGCACAAAUUUGGUGACCAGAAAACAGCUGAGGAUGCAUAUAUUUUUCUAGUUAAUUGGUUUGAAAGAUUUCCUCAGUAUAAGAAUAGAGAAUUCUACAUUGCCGGGGAAAGUUAUGCAGGUCAUUAUGUUCCUCAGUUAGCUCAACUUGUUUACCGGAGAAAUAAAGGAAUGAAUAAUCCAGUUAUCAAUUUUAAGGGAUUUAUGGUUGGAAAUGGUGUUACCGAUGAUUAUCAUGAUUAUGUUGGGACAUUUGAGUACUGGUGGACACAUGGUUUGAUUUCAGAUUCGACAUAUAGAAUGCUAAACACCGACUGUGAUUUUACGUCCAUUCAGCAUCCAUCAGUACAAUGUUGGCAGGCUCUUAAAGUUGCAGAUACUGAGCAAGGAGACAUUGAUGAAUACAGCAUUAAUACACCUCUUUGUAACGAUACUGCAUCGCUCAGAAAUGGCUUGAAUCGUCGUUAUCCAUGGAUGUAUAGAGCAUAUGAUCCAUGUACUGAAAGGUAUUCUGAUGUGUAUUUCAAUCGUCCAGAAGUUCAGAAGGCACUUCAUGCAAAUGUAACUGGGAUUCCAUAUGACUGGAAGGCAUGCAGUGGUAUUGUUUGGAAUUAUUGGACUGAUUCCCCAUUGUCUAUGCUUCCUAUAUAUCAAGAACUUAUUAAUGCUGGUCUACGGAUAUGGGUAUUCAGCGGAGACACUGAUGCUGUAAUUCCACUGACUGCAACUCGAUAUUCUAUUGGUGCGUUGAAGCUACCGACCAUAAUCAAUUGGUACCCUUGGUAUGAUAAUGGCAAGGUUUGUGGAUGGAGUCAAGUUUAUAAAGGGUUAAUAUUGGUGACAGUAAGAGAUGCUGGACAUGAGGUUCCUCUUCAUAAGCCUCGUGAGGCAUUUGUUCUUUUUAGAUCAUUCUUGGAGAACAAGUAUAUGCCAUCAUCAAGUUAGAAGAACAAUAAAAGUACCUCACAUUCCUAAGAAGAAUAACUUAAAUAUUCAUAUACAUGGAACAGAUUGAGACAGAAUAAGGAAUGCAUUCCUCAUGAGUUCCAUCUUACCUCUCUGCAUGCAAAUUAAAUUAGUAUUUGAUAAAUUAGUAGCUCUUCUUUAUAUAGUUUUCACAAUGCAAGAUAAUUUGUAUGGAUUUUUUCCAUGUUAUAAAUGUGAGUUUGUUAAUUAUUAUUUUUUCC